AUGGGGAAACGGGGAAAGGGGAGGAGGUGGGAACUGGGGCGGCUGCCUCUCUGUCCCGUUCCUGCGCAUGUCCGGUACGGCGCUGGCGGCCUGGCGAGAGGAACGGGCACGUGCUUACACUCGUCUCGCCUUCUCCCCUUGCUUUCUAGGGAGCUCAAGUUGCGAAACUAUGUUCCUGAGGAUGAAGAGCUCAAGAAAAGGAAGGUGCCUCAGGCCAAGCCAGCCUCAGUGGAAGAUAAAGUAAAAGACCAACUACAAGCAGCGAAACCAGAGCCUAUCAUUGAAGAAGUGGAUUUGGCAAACCUCGCCCCCAGGAAACCAGAUUGGGAUUUAAAGCGAGACGUGGCCAAGAAGCUGGAAAAGCUGGAGAAGAGAACACAAAGGGCAAUUGCUGAAUUGAUAAGGGAGCGGCUGAGAGGCCAAGAGGAAGAGCUGGCAUCAGCUGUUGGAUCGGCAAAGCAGGAAGGAAGUGAUUCUGACUAAGGAGGUCUGGCGGGCUGCCCUGGCACAGAGACUCGCUACCGUCUUGUCCCUCUGCUCGCAGAAUCCGUCCCUCCCUCCGACUUCGGGAGAAGGGAAUCUCUCUCGGAGCCCUGAACAUUUCCGCCACAGCACAGCAACUCCCACGAGGGCAGAUGUGGGGCAGCCCCAUAGACCCUUCUAGAACCACGUGCAUGUGGCUUGCCCUUUGGGAGCAUUUCCCACGGGGGACAUCUGUGCCAGGCGCAUGCUGUGUCCUGCCUUCUCGUCCCCUGCAGAGCAUGCCCAGCAGUAUGUGGGUUGGGAUUGCGGGUGGGGGGGCGUUCGGUGAAGCUUUUUGAUCAAAUAAAAAGCCUUUGGAUAAAGCA